AUGGCAGAAGAGAAACCUGGCUUCAAGACAGCUAAAGGCUGCACCGCCCUCGUUACGGGCUCCUCAGGACUAUGUGGUGCCCGCCUUGUUGAAAUGCUCCUCGAGCGUGGUGCUUCCACCGUCAUUUGUUUUGACAUUACCAAGCCAGACGCUGUUUUGGAGAAGCGCUUUGCUGAUGCCGAGGCGAAAUUUGCUGGCAAAUUGAUUCACAAAGUGGGACGGACUGAUGGAGACUUGACUUCCGACGAAGCCGUGGAAAAAGCAUUCCAAGCGGCGGAACAAGUCGACGUGGUGUUUCACAUUGCUGCCUUGGUUGGCCCGUUUCACAAAGCAGAAAUGUACGAACAAGUCAACCUACACGGUACCAACCGAAUCAUUGCCAAUUGCAAGAAGUACAAGGUCACCAAAUUGGUUUACUCUUCCUCGCCCUCUACUCGUUUCACGGGAGCCGACAUUGAAGGAUUGCGCGAGGACCAAAUGGAAAUUCCAAAGAAAUUCUUGGCCCUCUACGCCGAAACAAAGGCGCAAGGGGAAAUUGUGGUUGAAAAAGCUCUGGAUCCACCCAAUUUGUACACCAUUUCCGUUGCCCCUCAUCAAGUCUAUGGCCCCCACGACAAUUUGUUCUUGCCUAAUCUCUUGGAAGCGGCUGGAAAUGGAAGAUUGAGAAUUUUUGGAGACGGCCGUAGCAAAAUUUCUAUUUGUUACGUUGACAAUUACGCUCAUGGCUUGAUGUGUGGAGCUGAUGCUCUUUAUGACGAUAGUCCUGCGCUGGCCAAGUUGUACAUUAUCACGGAUGGUCCAUACAUUCACUUUUGGAAGUUUAUCAAUGAAGCAAUUGUGGCCAUGGGAUUUCAGGAUUUGUACACCAAAUUCCAUCUUCCCGUCUGGCUCCUCUACGGUGUUGCCUACAUUUGCAACGUGAUUGGCGCUAUUAUUGGCAAGAAGUUCAAAUUGAGUCCCUUUAGUGUGUGCAUGCUGACCAUUCAUCGAUGGUUCUCCAUUGACAACGCCAUUCGAGACUUGAAGUAUGAACCGCUCUUCAAAACCGAAGAGGCAUGGCCCUCCACCAUUGAAUGGUUCAAGGAAAAUUGGCUCCCCAAAUAUUUGCAGCAGGCGGGGAAGCAGCAAACCGAGCAAGUUUAG